CUGUAAAAGACACAUUUUCUGGUGCACUCCGCCUAAUUCUUGGCUCCUCAAAACAAUUUUCCUUUGGAGUCAUCGAUUCUAACUCAUAAGCUAUUAGCUGUUGGAGCUAAAUUGUUAUAUAUAAUCUCAAUGGCAUGAAUCAUAUAACAUCUGCAUUAGAAUAUAGCCAAAAAGGUUCUUGCCUCUUUAGAGUUACAUUUUUUCUAGUUUAUCCCAAAUAAGUCAUGGCUUCUGUUCUGUCCACUUCGUCAAUUUCAUUGGCUACUCUCUCCUUCAAUUCUGGGGUCAGAAGAACAACCACUCACCAAAUUAAGAACCUAUCCAUAAUGGGAAGCUCUAUGUUUGGUGAGCUAAAACUUGUGAACAAAGUCCAGUUAAAAAGGGCAACAAAAACGUCAUUUGCACUCUCUGGUGGCAUUAACACUAUAAUCUCGUGCUCCACGGCUGAACUAGAAACUCUGCAAAUUGUACAAAGCACAAUUGCGAAGCAGCUUUCUAUUGAUGAAGCCACUGUGACUCCCCAAACUAAAUUUUCAGAUUUGGGUGCUGAUUCUCUUGACACCGUUGAAAUCAUGAUGGCUUUGGAAGAGAAAUUUGACAUUUCCAUUGGAGAGGGUGGAGCUGAGAACAUCUCCACCGUUCAAGAUGCUGCUGAUCUGAUUGAGAAGGUGACGAAUGCUUCAACCUAAGCCAAGCUGCGUUCACAUCAUAGCUUUCAUCACUAUCCUUUUUAGAUUUUGACAAAAAUUGAUUCAAUAGAAUGCUUAAUUUCAAGUGGGUUGUCACAUCUCCACAUUUACUUAGUUUCCUCGAAUAAAAGUGGCUAGCUCUUAAGUCUUUUGAAUUGAAAAGAUUGAUUGCUUGAGGCCAUAAAUUUUCAUUUAACAGUUAUCUAUUUGAGUUUAUAGCUUA